CCCAACAUGCAGAGAAUCUAACGUUUCAUCCUUGUUUAUUUUUGUUUUAUAAUACAAACAGAUUAGUCCGAAUAUUAACAAGUUCAUCAAUACAAUAGAACAUAUGGAGACUCCACUUUCAUCUAUACCGCAACUAGUCCCAAACCUCACUUCAGCUACAAUGGUUGAUGGGUCCCCACGUGCUAUUGCUCUUGAUACGGAACUACUUGCGUCCGUCCCAGACACUAAGCUUCGCCUCAUGUGCAGCUUUGGCGGCCACAUCAUGCCUCGUCCACACGACAUGGCCCUAACGUACUCCAGCGGCGAGACACGUCUAGUUGUUGUUGAUCGACGCUCUUCACUAGCCUCGCUCAGAUCUCGUCUCUCUAGUAUGCUUCUCAACGGCCGGUCCUUCACACUCAAGUACCAGCUCCCUAACGAAGAUCUUGAUUCUCUUGUAACCAUCACUACCGAUGAAGAUCUUGAGAACAUGAUCGAGGAAUACGACCGCGCGACGUCAUCAGCAACGACGAGUGCAACGCAUCGGAUACGGUUGUUCCUUUUUGCUAACAAGCUUGAGACGGCUGCUACGAUGGGAUCUUUGCUUAACAGUGCAAAGUCGGAGACGUGGUUCGUUGAUGCUUUGAAUCAAUCUGGUUUGCUUCCUCGUGGUUUGUCGGAUUCUGCCGCUGUGAACAACACCUUGGUGAAUCUUGAUGAGGGGACCGGAGGAGAGACCGAAGUUCAAGAACUAGAAACUGAUGUGGACGGUGAGAACAACAAGCGAGGAGAUUAUAUCACAAACGAUGUGAUGUCUCAUCAGGAGAUGCAUAUGAGUUCGAUGCCUGAUUCACCUAUGUUGGAACCCACCGGUGGUUCUUCCUCUUCCUCUCCUUCCAAUGCUAACUUACCACCGAUCCACGUUAGAGUCAGCGAAGAACAGUUUGCUCAUCAACCAAUGAUGGGUUAUAACAAUGCACCGAUUGAUAAUGUCACUGCCGUAAGAAAUGGUCAGGCUUCAUCGGAUGACGAUCGAUCAGAUCCUAGUGUGAUGGUUGGAUACAAAAAGCCACCGUUGCCGAUGCAACCAUUGCUGAUCCCUCUCAGGGGUGCCGGUGGGUAUAGCUUGGCAUCUCCUGAUUCUAUUGCAAGUGAUACUAGCAUUUCUUCUGCUACUUCAUUUCCGAAGCCGAUGUACUACCAAGACCAACCUCCAGCCAUCCCAAAAGCCCCGAUAACACAUCCUGAAACAACAUUGGUCCAAACCAGUCACGGCAUACCUCUGCAUGAAACCACUUCAGUCCAAACCACAUCAGAUGUCAUAUCCCAGUCAGGUACAUACACAACUAUGGACCAACAACACCAACUCCAGGUUCAACAACCUCUCUUACACCAAGGUGUUCAGUACAUCCCUCAUCCAUCACAAUACAUCCCGGUCUACUCUCACCAGCAGCAAAACUAUCCGGUUUACGUAAUGUCCGUCCCGCAAUCUCAACAAUACGUCCCAUCAAGAACUCCUCCGCUCUGCCCAAACGCAAGACCUGAAGCCGGUCAAAACGUUUACCAAGCUGUUAUAUCGCAAAACCCUCAGGUUCAUCAGAUUCAGCAACAGCAAUUGCAACAGCCUCAACAUCAAUACAUGAGUUACUCUGGAGGUCCUCUGGAGACGAUGUAUUUCCAUGCACAACAUCCUCCUGUUAGCAAUGCUAUUCCAUUGGUUUCUCCGUACCAAAGCAUGACACCUGCGGCAGCCGCAGCCGCUCUAGCUGAUAUGUCCAAGCAGAUGACUCUGGAUAACGACAAAGAACAACAACAUAUUGCUGCGUCUCAACCGCUUUAA